AUGGCUGCUGCUAUUGCCUCCAUGACUGCCAGGCUAGCGACCAAGUUGUCGCUCAGAGAGGGAGAAGAACCGGUGGACUUGGGGAACCUUAGGGUUCCGGGGAAAGAAUUUCUUGCUCACCAUUUUUACUUGGUGGGGAAACUCAAUACUUGUAGGGCGGUGGUCUUGGAUUCGUUCCGGAGUGCUGUUCGAUCCAUGUGGAGACUGACGGGGACGGUGGAGGUCCAACCCCGGGGCGACCGUUUUCUGUUUACAUUCACCCAUGAAAGUGAUGUUGCGCGGGUGAAGAAGGGAGGCCCGUGGGGCUUUCAAAGGGCUAUAAUUCUGCUGAAUGACUAUGAUGGCUUCUCGGAGAUUGCUGAAGUGAAGCUUGAUUUUGUUUGGAUCUGGGUUGUGCUUCAAGGCAUCCCACCGGGUUUAUUGACUGAACUCACGGUCAGGUUGGUGGGAGGGAUGAUUGGCAAGGUUCUGGAGGUGGAUCGCUUGGCUCUUCGUCGUGGGGAAGCCCGGGUUUGGCUUAUUCUCUCCAUCAAUGACCCGGUGCGCUUGGAUCGUAGGGUUAGGGUUUCUCCCACUGACGUCCUGACAUUGCGCUUCCGGUAUGAGCGGCUUUUGGGGCGGUGCAGGCUGUGCGCUCUUUUGAAUCAUGGCGGGCAGCGGUGUCCUAGGGAGGAGGAGUCGUAA